GAAAACCCUAGUUUUUGCUCUCUCGAAGUUCCGUCUCUGCACGAGCAAGAUCUCCUACCGAUACAAUGAUUAUCUCAGAGGCUAACCGCAAAGAAAUCUGCAAGUACCUUUUCAAAGAAGGAGUUUGCUUUGCUAAGAAAGAUUUCAAUCUUGCUAAGCAUCCGUUGAUUGAUGUCCCGAACCUGCAAGUGAUUAAGCUUAUGCAGAGUUUCAAAUCCAAGGAGUAUGUUAGGGAGACAUUUGCGUGGAUGCAUUACUAUUGGUUUUUGACCAAUGAAGGAAUCGAGUUCUUGAGAACUUAUCUUAAUCUUCCAUCUGAUGUUGUUCCUGCUACUUUGAAGAAGUCAGCUAAGCCUGUUGGUCGUGCAUUUGGUGGUCCACCUGGUGAUCGCUCAAGGGGACCUCGCCAUGAAGGAGGAGAUCGUUCCAGGUAUGGUGACCGUGAUGCGUACCGUGGAGGUCCUCGUGGUGGUGGUGAAUUUGGAGGUGAAAAGGGUGGAGCUCCAGCAGAUUACCAGCCAUCUUUCCAAGGAAGUGGCCGUGGUUUUGGCCGUGGUGCUGGUGGUUACAGCGCGGCUGCACCAUCUGGUUCAGGUUUGCCUUGAAAAGGAUAUCUCUUUAGUUGACAGUAAGACCUUGGACAUGGAGGAGUUGUUUCAGCUUUGAAUUUUACUUGUGUAAUUCAAAUUCCGGAAUCUUUCAUAAUCUAUCUGAGUUUAGUUUUGUUGUUGAAGCAAACAUCCAAUUUUAAGUUAUGUUUUCCUCCCAUCUUUUCUCUCCCAUUUGAGCUUGCAAAAAUAAUGAUUCCCUCAUUGG